AUGUCGAUUCUGGGAAAAACGCUACUUAGAUUUUGUCAGUUGCGGACACUGAUGGUGUUUGUGGAGCAUAUUCAGACGUGCACGGAGUUGCCGACAGAGGCGGUUCUGACUAGCACCGCAGUUGAGAAACCGCCGUUCGACUGGCCGACAGCCGGAGCCAUUUAG